AUGACUGAGGAGCAAACUAAAGUGUGGAAAGCGAAGCGCGGAAAUGCCAAGCGAUCUCUUACCAAUUUUGAAAACUUCUUAGGACGUUUUGAUCCUUCAAAAGACUUUCCCGCUCUUGAAAUACGGUUUAAAGAAAUGGAAACAGUUCGUGCAACAUUUGAAGGGCUUCAAUCAGAUCUUGAGUCAGCAAUUAGAGAAUCUGAAGAACUCAGUGCAUAUCAUACUGAGUUCGAGGAGCAAUAUUACUCUGUAUAUUCAACUGCCUCAAAUCUUUUAGCUAGUCGUAGAACAAACGAACCGCAAUCACCUACUCUUUCUAAUGACCUUAUCUCCCAUGAAUCCACCCGUCAAAAUCUUGCGUUAUCUUCCGUUUCCGGGCAGCAAGUGGAACACCUGCACCGCGAAGCUAACUCGCAUAUCAAUCCAACGCCUCCACCAGCAACGGUGUCGGCAACACCAACUGCGUUACCAACAACAGCUCAACCUAUUUUUCAGACACCUUCAAAUUCAUAUUUUAAUUCAAACCUUCCUACCAUAACUUUACCUACUUUUUAUGGUUCUAUUGAUACUUGGCUAGAGUUUCAUGAUCUUUUUAAUUCGCUCGUCCAUGAAGAUCCUUCUAUACCACCCAUUCGUAAGUUAUUUUAUUUGAAGGGCUGCUUAUCGGGAGAAGCAGCCGAAGUCAUAUCAUCAAUUGAAUCGUCGGCACGAAACUACGAAACUGCAUGGAACCUGCUAAAGGAAAGAUACGGUGACCGAAAAUUUAUUCGCGAUACGUACAUUAAAUCUUUAAUUAAUCUGCCUUGUAUUUCUAAAGAAUUCUCUACGCGCUCUUUUCUAGAUCGACUCCAGAAAAAUAUCAGAGCCCUUCAGGCAUUAGGAGAACCUAUUGUAUACUGGGAUUCUUUUUUAAUCGUUUUAUUUCGUGAUAAAUUUAAUAAUUAUUUACGUGAACGAUGGGAGGAUUUCAGCAAUGACAUACAAAAGCCUACCCUUAAACAAAUGAUCAGCUUUUUGAAUAGGCGAGCCCAAUCCGAAAGUACACCAGCUCAGACGGCUCCUUCUAAGCCAAUCAACUCGGGAGAUCAAUCAAGAUCGACAAAUUCCCGAUCGGAUGCGCGCUCUCAAAAGGCGUACAUGACUUCUACCUCUUCUAUUAUGUGUCUCUAUUGUAAUGAGAAUCAUUAUACUAAUCUAUGUCCUAAAUUUCUUGCCUUAAAUCCCUCUCAGCGAUUCGAAGCCGCCAAAAAAGGAGGAUGGUGUAUCAAUUGCCUUCGCAAAGGUCAUCGUCCACCUCAAUGUACCUCCAUCAGUUGCCGUAAUUGCCAACAAAAACGUCACACUCUUCUGCAUUUCGACUCGCGAGCUAAUAAUAACAAGAAUCAUAACAAUUAUCAUAAUAAUCAUAACUAUGCAAACAGCAAUAAUAAUAACAAUGUUAAUAAUCGUCAAAAUCAUCAAGGCAACGGAUAUCAAACCCCAGAGGCUUCACCCUCUAAUCUUACAAGCUCUUCCAGCGUGAACAUGCACGUGCAGGUCUCAUCUGAAGCAGUCCUGGCUACAGCGAUCGUCGAUAUUUUAAACAAAAACGGAAUAGUCAAAACUUGCAGAGUAUUUUUAGACGCAAGCUCUCAAGCUCAUUUUAUUACUGAAAGCAUAGCAAAGUUCCUAAACCUAGAGCGCAGGACGGUCAAUAUUUCAGUAUCUGGUCUCGAUGAUAUAUUAACAAACGUUAAUCAGUCUACUUCUGCAACUAUAAAAUCUCGUCACAAUCAAUUUCAAAGAAACGUUGAGUUUCUAAUUGUACCUCAAAUAAGCACGACCAUGCCUUCCAUUCAAAUUAACCAAUCUUCACUGGAAAUUCCUAAAAAUAUCCCAUUAGCUGACCCAGAUUUCUUUAAACCAUCUGAAAUUGACGCUCUUAUUGGUGUCAAACUAUUCUAUAAGCUUAUCAGCAUGGGCCAGAUGGCAUUAAAGGGUCAGCCAGAUGCAGUUUUUCAAAAAACUCAGUUAGGAUGGAUCGUAGCAGGUGAAAUAAAAAAUCACGUUGCCACUAAACAUAUAAGUUGUCAUCUGGGGCUGCAUACAUUGUCAUCUGAUUCUGGUCUUAGCCGCUUCUGGGAGAUUGAAGAAAUUCCAUCAUCAAGGAUCCUGUCUCCGGAAGAGAAAGCGUGUGAGGAACAUUAUUCACGUCACACUACUCGGGAUGAAUCAGGUCGAUAUAUGGUACGGCUUCCCUUUAAUGAAAAAAUAAAAGAUCUUGGGGAAUCACAUGCUAUUGCGCUACGGCGAUUUUAUUCAUUGGAAAGGCGAUUCCAGAAAGAUCCAAAACUUCAGCGUGAAUACUCAGCCUUUUUAAAUGAAUAUCAAAAACUGGGCCAUAUGUCUCGGCUUUCAGGUCAAGACGACACCUCGGCUGGCUUUUAUCUACCUCAUCACGCCGUGAUAAAGGAAGACAGUUUAACUACGAAAAUUCGAGUCGUGUUCGACGGCUCUGCAAAGACAUCAACCGGCGUCUCACUAAAUGAUACUCUUAUGGUUGGUCCUAAGUUGCAGGAUGAUUUAUUUGUCAUCUUAACUCGUUAUCGGUCUCAUCUCUAUGUGCUCACUGCUGAUAUGGAAAAAAUGUACAGACAAAUUCGCGUACAUCCUGAAGACGCCGUCUACCAGAAAAUUCUCUAUCGAGAAAGCGUUCAUGCUCCAAUUGACACAUACAUUCUUGAAACUGUCACCUAUGGGACAGCAUCUGCCUCUCAUCUGGCCAUUCGGUCUGUACAGCAAUUAGCGGAAGAUGAAGGUCAUCUCUAUCCUCUUGCAUCUAUAGCCCUGAAAAGAGACUUUUAUGUUGAUGAUCUUCUCACCGGGGCCAACACUCUACCUGAAGCGGAAAAAUUACGUGAUCAGCUACGCGCCUUAGUUAAAAGGGGUGGUUUUCAGCUCCGUAAGUGGGCGUCAAAUUAUCCAGCUCUCGUAUCUGAUGGCUCUGAGCAUCCAGAAAAUACUCACAUGGCUCUGGAUCCCGAAUCUACAAUCAAAACUCUGGGAAUUUAUUGGAAUGCACAGGAUGAUACCCUUUUUUAUGACGUCACUCCAAUGAAUUCAAAAAAUCUUACUAAACGAAUCAUCUUGUCUCAAAUCGCAAAAUUAUUUGACCCUUUGGGUCUAUUGGGGCCAGUCAUGGUAUAUGCAAAAAUAAUAAUCCAGCUAUGUUGGAAAGCAGGAAUUACGUGGGACGAAUCAGUGCCUCAAAUUAUUCACGAGAUGUGGUCUGCAUAUCAAGCUCAACUACCUAUGCUGGAAAAAUUGCGAUUUCCUCGUUGUCUUGUUGCUCCAGAUUCGCACAGCAUCCAAAUUCAUGGAUUCUGUGAUGCCAGCGAGAAGGCAUAUGGGGCUUGUCUUUAUCUGCGCUCAGUAAAUCCAAAUGGAGUCGCACACGUACAACUAAUAUGCUCCAAAUCCAGAGUCUCUCCAGUAAGCCUGGUCAGUUUGCCCCGCUUGGAGCUAUGUAGCGCAUAUUUGCUUGCAAAUUUGUAUACCACAGUUUAUGAGGCGCUUGCAGCAAAAGUUACGGAUGUAUAUCUGUGGUCUGACUCCACGAUCGCAUUGCAUUGGAUUAAAACUGCUCCACAUCGACUCAAAACAUUUGUAGCUAAUCGUGUGGCUGGAAUUCAGCGAUUGACUGAAAAUUGUCAUUGGCGGCAUCUGUUCUCUCAAGACAAUCCUGCGGACCUGGUAUCACGUGGACAAUUACCCUCCGAAUUCGUCUCGAGCUCUAUCUGGUCUCAUGGCCCUUCCUGUCUGGUACAAGGCCAAGAUAGUUGGCCAGAAGGGGCAUUGUCUGCAAUUACAAUACCUGAACUCAAACCUGAGAUAAACCAUUUGAGUAAUUGCUUAGCUCUCAAAAUACAAGGAUUCCCAUUGCUGGAACGUUAUAGCUCUCUUCGUAAAUUGCAGAGGGUGGUGUCUUACUUGUUGUGGUUCGCGUACAACACAAAGCACAAAAAUCUGAGCCGUUCAGGCCCAUUGAGUCCUUCCGAGAUUUCUACCGCCCACAAACUCAUCAUAAGGCUCACACAAUCCUCAUCCUUUUCCCGAGUAAUCAAUUGUUUGAAAAGAAAUUAA